AUGGCGGAUAAAUUGUUUUCGAUCAAAAACUACUUCUUUUUGGGAAGUUAUCAAUCAUGUAUUGGAGAAGCUUUGGUGAGUUUAGAUAAUUUAAAAAUUUCGAGAAAAUUGGGUUUUUGCAGAAAUUCUCGUCGAAGAGCGAAGAGGAGAAGAUUGAAAAAGAUAUUUAUUUGUACAGAAGUUAUAUUGCACAAGGACAAGCUUUUAUUCCAUUGAAAGAGGUUUGUGACAUUUUAUUGGUUGAAAGACAGAGUUAGGAGAAAUUCUACCUUUUUGUAAUUGUAGGAGUUUCCUAAAUGUUUAUAAUAAAAAAUUAAUAUCUAGUCCCAAGCCUCGAAAUCUUACAUUAUACCUCAAAAGAAACAUUUCAGAUUCCAACUUCAACAAAAUCUGCGGAACUUGCUGCAGUCCGCCGCUACGCCGAAUUCCGCUCCGACGCUCGUGCUCAACAAAGAAUCGUUGCUGAAAUUCAAGAGGAAAUCGCAGCCAGAAAUUUGAAAUCGGAAAUCGGCGCAGUUUUGGCUGCCACUAUUUUGAAUGAAACAAAUGUAAGUUUUUAAAAUAUUUCAAUCAGAUAUAAUUAUAAAAUCAAUUUUUUAGAAUUCUGAAGAUGCUUUCCGCGCAGUUUCGAGAUUUGAUGGAUUGGAAGCAAGAGCUGCGAAAGUUUUCACUUUGAUCAAGAUGAACAAGAAGAAAUUGGCAUUGUAAGUUUACUUUUACGAUAUUUCGCAUUUAUCUGAUCCAGCAUAUUUUUUUCAGCGCUGAAGCUAAAAGAAUGAAUCAAAUUGACGAAGACGCAACACUUUCACAAUUGGCAAACGCACUUGUUUCUUCAUUCAUCGCAACUGGAAAAGUCAAAGAUGCUCUUUAUAUUUAUAGCGAAAUGGCUGAUAAAUAUGGAAGAACUAGCGAUUUGGAAAUGCAUCAAGCUGUUGUUAGCAUUUUGACACAGGAUUAUGCUGGAGCUGAUGAAUUGUUGAAUGUGAGUAGGAACUGGGGAAAUUUCAAAUAUCAAAAAAAAUCCGAAAAUUUUACGUUUCAAUAUUUAUAUAAUAAAAAGAGAAUUUUUUCAAAAAAAAAUAUUCAGAUCUUUCAAAAACCCGAAAUUUUCACUUCAAAAAUAAAAUUUCCGACUCUCCUAACUCAUAUUCGUUCCUAUAUUCACUUUCAAAUUUUGCAGAACGCUCUCGAACGCGACUCAAAAGAUGCCGAUGUCAUAAUCAAUUCUCUUGUAACCGCUCAACUUUUGGAAAAAGACGACGAUGUUGCUGAAAGAUUUGUCUCAUUACUCAAACACGAUCAUUCAACACAUCCAUGGACAAUUGAUUAUUUGGCAAAAGAAGCGGAAUUUGAUCGAAUUGUUGCAAAUGCAUAA